GCCAUGCCGGAACCGCGCGGGUCUUCGCCGCUUCGGGUGAACGCGGCGUUCGCCGCUCGGUACAGCCGCUACCGGGAGCGCGAGGAGCUGCAGCGGCUCAAGGAUCGCUACGGGGACCGCGACAGCGGCGACGACUCCAGCUCCGACUCGGACUCCGGCGACGAGCGCGUGGAGUUUGACCCCCAGCAGGACCGCGACUUCUACCGGACGCUGUCCCUGCUGAAGCAGAAAGACCCUCGGAUUUAUCAGAAAGAUGCCACCUUCUAUCAGAGAGCAGCUUCGUCCUCGGAGGAGGAAGAGCCGGCGGCCCCAGAGGAGCAGAAGAGACCACGGCCCAUGUACCUGAAAGACUACGAGAGGGCGGUCAUCUUGGAGAAGGGAGGCAAAUAUGUGGAUGAGGAGAACUCAGACGGGGAGACGGCGGCCCGGAGGCUCCAGCAAACCUUGUCGAAAAGUUAUGUGGACGAACAGAAACAGCUCAAGGAGAGCUUCCGGGCCUUCGUGGAAGACAGUGAGGAUGAGGACAGUGCCGGGGAAGGGGGCUCCGGGCUGUUGCAGAAGCGAGCCAAGAGCAGCGAGGAGAAGGCCCAGGAGGAGGCGGACUACGUGGAGUGGCUGAAGGGGCAGAAGGAGACUCGGAACCCGGACUCCAUGAAGGAGCUGACCCACCUCAGGGAAUACUGGAACAACCCAGAGCUGGACGAAGGGGAGCGCUUCCUGCGGGACUACAUCCUCAACAAGCGCUACGAGGAGGAGGAGGAGGAGGAGGAGGAGGAGGAGGAGGAGGAGGAGCAGCAGGGCGGGGUCCCCGGCCCCCGAGUGCAGCUGGCCGUGGACGACUCCUCGGACGAGGGCGAGCUCUUCCUGAAGAAGCAGGCGGAUUUUGAGCACAAGUACAACUUCCGCUUCGAGGAGCCAGACUCGGCCUCGGUCAAGACCUACCCACGGACCAUCGCGUCCUCCGUCCGCCGCAGGGACGAGCGCAGGAAGGAGAAGAGGGAGGAGACCCGGGAGCGCAAGAGGCGGGAGAAGGCCAAGAAGCAGGAGGAGCUGAAGCAGCUAAAAAACCUGAAGCGGAAGGAGAUCUUGGCCAAGCUGGAGAAGCUGCGGCAGGUCACGGGCAACCAGACGCUGGGCUUGGAGGAGCAGGACCUCGAGGGCGACUUCGACCCCGCGCGGCACGACCAGCUCAUGCAGAAGUGCUUCGGGGACGAGUACUACGGCGCCGCCGAGGAGGAGAAGCCACAGUUCGAGGAUGAGGAAGGGCUCGAAGAUGACUGGAACUGGGACCGGUGGGACGGGCAGGAGCAGGAUGGAGCCUGGAGCCAGCAGGAGCCCCACUGCGAGGACCCCGACUUCAAUAUGGACGCCGACUACGACCCCAGCCAGCCCCGGAAGAAGCAGCACAAGCCCCCCGUGACGGGCAAGAAGAAGCGCAAGUCGCCCUUCGCCGCGGCCGUGGGGCAGGAGAAGCCGGCGUUCGAGCCUGGGGACCAGACGUUCGAGGAGUACCUGGACGAGUACUACCGGCUGGACUACGAGGACAUCAUUGACGACCUGCCCUGUCGCUUCAAGUACCGCAGCGUGGUGCCCUGCGACUUCGGGCUCAGCACCGAGGAGAUCCUCGCUGCCGACGACAAGGAGCUGAACCGGUGGUGCUCCCUGAAGAAGACCUGCAUGUACAGGUCGGAGCAAGAGGAGCUGCAGGACAAGCGGGCGUACAGCCAGAAGGCCCAGAACACGUGGAAAAAGAGGCAGAUCUUCAAGUCGCUCUGCUCGGAGGAGACGGAGAUGCCCACGGAAGCCGCCAGGAAACCACAGGGAGACAAAGCCGCUUCCCGCGGGCAGCUGCCGGCGCCUGAUGGGGCCCAGGGGAAGCGGCCCCGGCCUGAGAGCCCCCCCGCUCAGGAAGGGGAGGCCCCCGUGGCCCCCACCAAGAAGCCAGCCCCGCAGAGGCGGAGAAGGGGCAAGAAAGCCCGGCUGCUGGGCCCCACGGUCACGCUGGGCGGCCGCGAGUUCAGCCGGCAGAGACUCCAAGCUUUUGGCCUGAACCCCAAGCGGCUGCACUUCCGCCAGCUGGGCCGGCAGCGGAGGAAACAGCGGGCGUCCCAGGGCCUCCCCUGAGCUGGGGCAGGGG